UGUUUCCUCUUUCGUGGUCGAAAUGAAUGGGUUACUGAAGCGUACAUAAAGAGCGGAUUUGUUCGUAAAGACACAUUCUGACAAUCUUCUUUGUUUUGUACAAAAGGAAAACCAACUAGAUCAAAAUGGGCGAGUGGCAGAUCGCAUCUGGCGGCAGCGUGCCAGACAACGCUUUCCGCGCUGGAUCCGAUGGAAGCCCUGUGUACGUGAUCAGGGCGUGGCAUGAGGGCGACCUGCUGCCCGGCAAACUGGCCAGCGGCAGUGCCUAUGUCCCGUACGGCGGCGCCGAGAUCAAGAAGGACGACUACGAGGUGCUGGUCGGCAGUAACUACUCGUGGGUGGGCCACCACCCCAGCGCCCCGCUGCCGGGCAACGCCGUCCCCGGAGGACAAACGUCCAGCGGCGAAACCCUCUAUAUCGCCCACGUCAGCAUCGACGGCGUCGACGUUAUAGGAAAGGUCCACUUCUCGCACGGAAAGGCCUACAUUCCCUACUUUGGAAAGGAGCUCAGCUAUGAAAACUUCGAAAUUCUGGUGAGAAAUUAAAUGCAGAGGACUGCAUCUCCUGAACACUCGAUCAAAACAAAAAACUGUUCGUUACGAUGAAAUAAAAUUGGAUUGAUAAAGAUGA